AUGAGCUCCCUCAGAGAAGUACAGGCAACUCAUGGGCGCCUUCUGAAGUCAGGAUUCAGGGAGCUUACCGUCCCGUGGAACAACCUGCUGAAGGGAUACUCUGAUUUUGAUCGCCCGCAAGAAGCACGCCAGCUGUUUGACGAAAUGCCCCAGAAAGACGCAUACACUUGGAACAUAAUCAUCAUGUCUCUGGCUCGGUUUGGAUGGAUUGAGGACGCCCGCCAAUUGUUGGACGAGAAUCCCACGAGAUGCACCAUCUCAUGGAACUGCAUGAUGUCUGCUUGCAAUUCCAAGGGACGCCAUCUCGACGUUCUUAAGUUGUUCAUUUCUAUGCAUCAAGAACGCUACUCGAGGAGCGGAUUCAGCUUCGCGACGGUUCUUAACGCCUGUGCUAAGUUACCAGUCCGAGAGUUCAGUAAGCAAGUUCACGCAGAUAUCAUCCGAACUGGGUUGGCCUGGAACCACAUCGUUGGUAGUGCACUUAUCAGAGUUUACUCUGCACAUGACAUGCUCGGAGAUGCAUGCCAAACGUUUCAGGAGAUCAAGUACAGAGAUAGUGUUUUGUGGACGUCCAUCAUAUCUGCUCAUGCCCAGAAUGAAGAUGGUAUCGCUGCACUCCAUCUGUUCCAAAUGAUGGAGAAAGAAGGCCACAAUCCGAGCCAGCUUACGUUUGCCAGCAUCAUCGAUUCAUGUGCUUCGUUAGCUGCACUGAAGCAGGGAAUCCAAACUCAUGCACGGGUACUGAAAUCAGGCCAUGAACAGAAUUUGAUAAUCGCCACCGCCCUCAUCAAUAUGUAUUCCAGAUGUGGUUUUUGGAAUGAAGCUUCUCAGAUAUUUGAUUCAGUUCAUGAACCAGACGUAAUCAUGUGGAAUGCAGUAAUUUGGGGGGCUACCCUCAACGGCCAGACUGAAACAGCAAUUUAUCAAUUCAAACGGAUGAGAAAAACUAAUCUGAUUCCGAACCACAGUACAUUCUCGGCCGUCCUCUUAGCAUGCACCUACAGAGGCUUGCUGGAUGAUGGUAUGCAUUUCUAUAAGGUCAUGAGUAAGGACUAUGGUCUGCAACCACAACCAGAUCAUUGUGCUAGUAUAAUCUGUCUUUUUGGACGGCACGGACAGCUUGACGAGGCGGUAAGCCUGAUGCAAAGAAGCCCGUUUGAACCGAACUCGGCAAUGUGGGGUGCACUUUUGGGUGCUUGCGUUAUCCAUCGCAAUCUAGAAUGGGGAAAAAAAGCAGCCGAAUCUCUAUUCCUAAUGGAGCCACUGAUUUCUACUCCUUACGUCCAGCUGGCUAACAUCUAUGCUUCAGCUGGUAUGUGGGCAGAGGCAGCUCAAAUCAGGAAAGACAUGAAAAGCAAGGGAAUAAAGAAACUCCAGGGUUGCAGCUGGAUUUGUACAAGAAAUGAGGCCGGCAUGAGGGGUUAA